GUUUACGUUUGGUCAAAACGAAACUUGGUCUCUUUAAAUAAAUGUUAAAUGAUUUUUUUAUGCCCAUCUUUGAUUAUUUAGCUCGCUUUUUGCGGGCUAUAUUUGGAUUAUUCUCAAACUCAAAGCCUAAUGAGAUGAACAAAUUUAAAAUAUACGUGAAAUGUGGUUCUGAAUCCGUACCUGUUUAUUUGGGUUUAGAUUGGUCUGUUCAAGAUUUGAAGAAUGCCGUAGGCUCCAAAUUGUGCAUGAAAAGUGACGAGUUGCGAAUUAUUUUUGCCGGAAAGGAGUUGCACGACAAUGUGCAGCUGCAAGAGUGCGAUGUUGGUGAACAAAGUGUCAUUCAUGCUGUUCUCCGGAAAGCUCCCCUAAGUGUUACGGUCGAAGCAAAGUGCCCACUGAAUAAAACUCCAUUCUGCUCAAAUGACUGUGAUGACAAUGAAAGUGAAUCUCAAAGCAGAUUGGGCCAUUCGAAGAAAAGCCACUUCUUUGUCUUUUGCAUUGAUCCUUGCAAAACAUUAUGCCCUGGGAAGCUGAGAGUUCGCUGCAUGAAAUGCAAAGAAGGAACUCUCACGGUCGACAGGGAUCCAUCAUGCUGGGAUGAUGUGUUGAUUGCCGGACGUAUACCGGGAUCUUGCCAAGCAGAAAAUUGUGAUGGUGCUUUAGCUGAGUUUUAUUUCAAAUGUGCCAGACAUGUUUCCUCGCCCAAUGACUGGGCUGUUCCUUUGUAUCUAGUCAAAAAUAAUUUUAAAGAUGUUCCAUGCAUUGCCUGCACUGGAAACAGCUCACCCAUAAUAGUCUUUCCUUGUGUGGAUGGUCAUGUGAUAUGUAUUGAAUGCUUUCAAAUGUACUGUACGACCCGCCUCAAUGAACGAAGGUUUAUUCAAGAUGAAAAUGUGGGAUACACUAUUGAUUGUCCUGCUGGGUGCCAUGAUUCUCUGAUCAAAGAACCCCAUCAUUUCAAGCUACUUGGUGAUGAGCAGUAUGCAAGGUACCAGAGGUUUGCCACAGAAGAGUGCCUCCUCCAGGCAGGAGGGGUGCUCUGCCCCCAGCCAGGCUGUGGUGCAGGUCUCUUGCCUGAUCCAGAGUGCAGAAGAGUGGUGUGCCAGCAAGAUGGUGGAGCAGGGUGUGGUUUUGUGUUCUGUAGGCAAUGUAUGCAAGGCUACCACAUAGGACCCUGUGAUUCCAUGGAAUUUCCAGAUACUAAAACUGGGAUGAGAUAUGCAAUAAGUGAUGAGAGGGCUUCUUCCUCAAAAUGGGAUGAAGACAGCAGGACAACUAUCAAAAUCACAACCAAGCCAUGCCCCAAGUGCCGAACUCCAACAGAACGAGAUGGUGGUUGCAUGCACAUGGUGUGUACGCGAUCACAGUGUGGCUUUCACUGGUGUUGGGUUUGUCAAGAGGAAUGGACUAAUGACUGCAUGGGCAACCACUGGUUCGGAUGAAUACACUCCAACCCUCACUCUCUCCGUGGGAUGCUUUGAACGAGUGCCGCUGAUGUGUAAAAUGAACAUUGUAUAGUAUUUAG